CCCUGCAGUUCUCUGAACUUCUCCCUCCUGCUUUUAGGUAUCAUAAAAAGUUCUACGAACGUACUUUCAUACAUAAGAGUAGAGAGAUUAAUAUAAUGGGAGAUUACUCAUCAGCGGCUCCAUACAUACACUUUGUGCAUUACCUGAUAGAGAAGUGCCUGAUCAUGCGGCUGAGUAAAGAGGAGUCCAUGGAAGCCCUUUCAAAACAUGCAAACAUAAGUCCUAUUAUCACCUGUACUGUGUGGAAUGAACUUCAGAAAGAAAACAAGGAAUUCUUCGAGGCGUAUAACUCUCACUUUCAAAGCAGAGAAAGAGAAAUAUUGCCUGAGAAAGAGACGAACCAAAUACUCCGAAAGCUGAUUUCAGAUUCCCCUGGUAACUCUGACCACGACACAUGA